AUGUUUACGGUUUCCAUUGACCUUGGUCUCACCAUUAGGUGCCUCCAUUCGCACGACUUCGACCAGAGGAGGACCUUUGCAGUCACAUAUGCACCCCCUACCCCCGUUGAGGAUACCGAGACAACAGAGGACAUCUGCAUCAACAAGCUUCGGAAGCACGUGAAUCAACUCGGGGAUGGUGUUUUCGGCAUCCGUUUCUCAGAGCCUGAUGGACCCUUCACCUUGUUGACAGAGCGAAAACAUGAUCGCACAUACGCUGUCAACAACUAUUCUCUGUCUGCUUUGAAGCUCAAUUUCCCGGUCAAGACCAUCUGCUUGUCAAAUCUGACGGAGCUGGACCGCUUGGGCCACCAAGUCGACUUGGUGUCUUACCAGAAAUCACCAAGUAUUACGGGCAUCGCCCCCCAACUACUGUCCGUGGUGGAUGACCUGAACUACCGGUAUGGAAUGAUGCACCAAGACAUUGCGGCACGAAAUCUGGUGAUUGAUGAACACGACAAUCUCCGCAUCUUCGAUUUCGACCAUUCCAUCAUGAUCGGGGAGCAUUACACGCCAGACCGUGAUGACAUCAAGAGUGUCAUCUUCACGCUUUACGAAAUCAUCACGUUAGAUGAGGGGUCCCGUGAGGUCCCGCAUGAAAAGCAGGACGCCGAGGCAGUGCUGGGUAUGAAGUGGGAGAAGCACCCCGAAGUCAAGCUAGAUGCCGACGUCGAGGAAUUUAGGAAUAUCCUGGACUUGUGGGUUAGGGAGAGGAAGGCGAAGGAAUUCUUCAAGCCCACAGAUACUUGGGUGCGCUGGCCUUGGAUGCCCGAGACGCCCACUGUGGCCUUACCAACUCUUGACCGAGACGGAAAGCUUACGGGGACCAAGAUGCAGGCCCUCGCGCCAUACUGA